AUGGCCGAGAAAGCUAUCACUAUCAGAACCAGAAAAUUCCUCACCAAUCGUCUCCUUUCCCGAAAGCAAUUCGUUGUUGAAGCUAAUCAUCCAGGGAAACCAAAUGUUUCUAGGGCUGAGCUUAAGGAAAAGCUGGCAACUAUGUAUAAUGUGAAGGACACUAACACUGUGUUUGUCUUCCAAUUCAAAACACAUUUUGGAGGUGGAAAAUCCACUGGUUUUGGCUUGAUUUAUGAUUCGGUUGAGAGUGCCAAGAAAUACGAGCCCAAGUAUAGACUUAUCAGGAACGGUCUUGACACCAAAGUAGAGAAGUCAAGGAAGCAAAUGAAGGAGAGAAAGAAUAGAGCCAAGAAGAUCCGUGGUGUUAAAAAGACCAAGGCUUCUGAUGCUGCUAAGGGUGGAAAGAAGAAAUAA